AUGGCAAUGUUGACCUUCACUUUUCUUGUAGUAUGCGCUGUUUUGAGUUCCGCAAAUUUGGCUGAUAGUGGGAAUGACACAACCCUGUUAAACUAUGUCAAAGAACUUACAGAGGAUCUAGGUAUUUUACCAGCACACCAAAAUGUUCGGUUUACGUUUGACAAAGAUUUUUUUCGUCGAAACACUAACGCUAGCGACAAGACAAAGCUCACAGCAGUCUUUGAUACCUUUGCGAUCGACGUGGCCAGCACUUUCAAAGUCCAGUUGGCGUUCGUGAAAUUUCACAAUCAUAAGGUCAUUUACGAUCUUAACAUGGAAGAGGAAAGCGGGCUUAGCCAGGCGUGGAACACACGGGGCGUCCCUGAAAACACUACACGUACCACGGACUUGUACGAUAUUACUUGGAUUUUGGAGCAGUGGAAAGAACCAGAAGAUCAUGCAAAGUUGAAAGUUGACUUUAACAUCACACAGUCUGCGUGGAAACAACCUAGAGAAUUGGUUCUAAAAACUUGGAGCAAAGCUAUCAAAGGUCAAGCGUGGAAACAAUACGGACCUGUUUUCCUUCUUGCGUACUUCAAGGGCGUUUCCACGAAGAUAACGAGCCCACUUCACAGUGCUGUGAACGCGCACCAUUACAAACUUCGCAGUGGCGGUAGAAAACCAACUUGUAAACUUUACAGUUUCAGAGCGACCUUUGCUGAGUUAGGACUGUCCAAUGUAUUUGUGAUGCCAACAAAAACCAUUGACUUCUUUUCAUGCUAUGGUCAGUGUGACGUAACCGGCAGCGUGAACUCGCACCCAAGUUUUGUGUCAACACAUGCUUGGAUAUUGGAAAUUGCGAGAAGCAGGCUCUCUAAUCCAUCAAUUCAGAAAAUGUACUUAAAAUCAAAGUGCGUGCCAACUGCAUUACAAGGAAUGGACGUCUGGAGAAAGGAAGACGAUGGAAGUUUUACACUCCAACAUAUUCCAGACUUAACAGCAGCAGCCUGUGGCUGCCGCUAA